AUGGGGAGGAUCGCAGCCAAAAUUGGAGGCGACGCUGCUACCACAGUGAAUAACAGCACUCCUGAUUUUGGUUUUGGGGGCCAAAAGAGGCAGUUAGAAGAUGGAGACCAACCGGAGAGCAAGAAACUGGCUUCCCAGGGAGACUCCAUCAGUUCUCAACUUGGACCCAUCCAUCCUCCCCCCAGGACUUCAAUGACAGAAGAGUACAGGGUCCCAGAUGGCAUGGUGGGACUAAUCAUUGGCAGAGGAGGUGAACAGAUUAACAAAAUCCAGCAGGAUUCAGGCUGCAAAGUCCAGAUCUCUCCAGACAGCGGUGGCCUACCAGAGCGCAGCGUAUCCUUGACAGGAGCCCCGGAGUCUGUCCAGAAAGCAAAGAUGAUGCUGGAUGACAUCGUCUCUCGGGGUCGUGGGGGCCCCCCAGGACAGUUCCACGACAAUGCCAACGGGGGCCAGAACGGCACUGUACAGGAGAUCAUGAUCCCCGCAGGGAAGGCUGGCCUGGUCAUCGGCAAAGGUGGCGAGACCAUUAAGCAGCUGCAGGAACGAGCUGGAGUGAAGAUGAUUUUAAUUCAAGAUGGCUCCCAGAACACGAACGUGGACAAGCCUCUUCGCAUCAUUGGGGAUCCUUACAAAGUGCAGCAAGCCUGCGAGAUGGUGAUGGACAUCCUCCGGGAGCGUGACCAGGGUGGCUUUGGGGACCGGAACGAGUACGGAUCCCGGAUUGGUGGGGGCAUUGACGUGCCGGUGCCCAGACAUUCUGUCGGGGUGGUUAUUGGCCGGAGCGGAGAGAUGAUCAAGAAGAUCCAGAAUGAUGCUGGCGUGCGGAUACAGUUUAAGCAAGAUGAUGGGACAGGUCCCGAGAAGAUAGCUCACAUAAUGGGGCCCCCAGACCGGUGUGAGCACGCAGCACGGAUCAUCAAUGAUCUCCUCCAGAGCCUCAGGAGUGGACCCCCAGGCCCUCCAGGGGGUCCUGGCAUGCCCCCGGGGGGUCGGGGGCGAGGAAGGGGCCAAGGCAACUGGGGCCCCCCUGGUGGAGAGAUGACCUUCUCCAUCCCCACUCACAAGUGUGGGCUGGUCAUCGGCCGAGGUGGCGAAAAUGUGAAAGCCAUAAACCAGCAGACAGGCGCCUUUGUGGAGAUCUCCCGGCAGCUGCCACCCAACGGGGACCCCAAUUUCAAAUUGUUCAUCAUCCGGGGCUCACCCCAACAGAUUGACCACGCCAAGCAGCUCAUUGAGGAAAAGAUUGAGGGCCCCCUCUGCCCAGUUGGACCAGGCCCAGGAGGACCAGGCCCUGCCGGCCCCAUGGGGCCCUUCAACCCCGGGCCUUUCAACCAGGGGCCACCUGGGGCUCCCCCGCAUGCGGGGGGGCCGCCUCCUCACCAGUACCCACCCCAGGGCUGGGGCAAUACCUACCCCCAGUGGCAGCCACCUGCUCCUCACGACCCAAAUAAAGCUGCAGCCGCCGCAGACCCCAACGCCGCCUGGGCCGCCUACUACUCACACUACUACCAGCAGCCCCCAGGCCCCGUGCCCGGCCCUGCGCCAGCCCCCGCGGCCCCACCUGCCCAGGGCGAGCCCCCUCAGCCCCCACCCGCCGGCCAGUCGGACUACACUAAGGCCUGGGAAGAGUAUUACAAGAAGAUUGGCCAGCAGCCCCAGCAGCCCGGAGCACCGCCACAACAGGACUACACGAAGGCCUGGGAGGAGUACUACAAGAAGCAGGCUCAAGUGGCCACCGGAGGGGGUCCGGGAGCACCCCCAGGCUCCCAGCCAGACUACAGUGCCGCCUGGGCUGAAUAUUACAGACAGCAGGCCGCUUACUACGGACAGACUCCAGGUCCCGGCGGCCCCCAGCCUCCACCCACACAGCAGGGACAGCAGCAGGCAAGUGGGAAUUGCCACCCUCCUCCUCCUCCUUUUUCCUUCCAACCCCCGGCCACCGUCCAUCCUGCCUUAGUGGGUAGCGCCGGAAAUCCCUUCCCCUGCGGGGUGUGUCCUUGA